AUGGAUAUCGAACCAGUGUCAAGGGCCUUCAACUAUCACCAGGCGCAGCCAGGAAUACCUCAGCUGCUACAUUACGGAUAUCUCUGGUAUGCCAGGUUGCAUAUCUACCUUAGCAUCAUCUUCUUUGGCUCCCAUAUGCUGCUUGGGGGCACCUUUGAAUGCUGGGGUGAACAAAAUUUAUCUCCCUCUUGGAUACAAUAUGCAUCCGCUCGAUGCUUUUAUGGGUUGACAUAUGUCGCAAAAACAUAUGAUAUCAAUACCGGAGAAGUGACCAGCAUUAAGCAUCAUCAUGGUUGGUACGCCUUCGUGCCCAUCUAUUUUUUGAUAUUUGGAUCGAUACCGCAAUUUCUGUCUUUUUUAUUUGCCAACCUAUCAAAGUGCCCGAUCGACUUGGCUCGAAUUGUUUAUUCCGUGAAGAGAACGGCAACGAUUUCCUGUGAAGAUACCGUCGAUAUGCGUAACCUUUCGGUUCAUCUGAUACGCGCACAUCAUGUCACUAAUCCCAACUCGAGGCAUAACUGUUUUAUACAUGAUCUCAUUGAAAAGGCAUUAUUUUGUCUGAUGAUGAUAAUCGAGUGGUGUUUCUGCAGCUACUUUUUGGGAUACCCUCACUUUUGGCCAAUCGAGAAAUUUCAACAUCAAUUCAUGUCAAAUCCCGAUUAUCCAAAACAAGAGUAUUUUUCCCGUAAAGUUAUGUGUGAAACAGAGGUGGCUGCGGAAUUUGACGUCCGAACCUACCAAUUCCAAUGUUUUAUGAACGGAAACGUCGUUUAUGAACAGAUAUUUUAUGUAAAGUGGUUCUAUUCGAUAGUGCUAAUUGUAAGCGGGGCUAUUGAUAUUGUAUAUACCCUCUGUGAAGUCGGAACACCGAGGCUACGCGAGUAUUAUAUUAGAAACCUUCACCUUCUUGUACCAUCGUUAAGCACUUUACUACGCAGCACAAAGUCCGAACCAAGCAAGAAACUAUCAGCACGUUUUGUGAAGUGGUUAGGAACUGAUGAAAUCUAUACACUUUACCGUAUCUCCAAGCAUGUGCAUUGGAAUUAUACGGCUGCCAUACUCGAUCAUCUCUACAAAGUGUUCCUGGAUGAGAAGGAAUUUGCGGCGAAGAAGGUUGAGGAGCCGAAAAAGCCAAGAGACGAGGAUGGAAAACUCGACAGCGUUGAGGAACAAAACGGGAUAGACCCAACUCUGUGCUGC